AUGGCUCCCGACUUCACAGCUAUUGCCAACCAGGCCGAGGCCGACCUCAACACCUACCAGGCCAAGACGGGCGCCGCGCGCUCACAGGCCCUCGACGAUGCGAGCAUCAAUUCCACGGCGGAUAAGAAGUUCGCGGAUCGCGGCGCACAGGUAACCACCGGCGACGAGCUCAGCACAAGCGGUAGCUUCAACAAGCGCAUCCCGUCAAGUGAGGGCGGCGUGUUAGACGACCGAGGACGACAGUCUAGAGGCGAACAGUUUGAGGACAACUCGCAGCGGUCGCUAGACAAGCUCAACAAGCCGUCCAAGCAUACUUCCACCAACGACGGGGACGUCGUGCCGGCGCGGGUGCCGCCGGUGAGCGGCCUCGGCGGCCAGGACGACAUCGCGACCAAGGGACAAAAGGCGCAAAUUUCCAACGUCGGAAGCCGAUUGGGUAUCGUCGUCGGCGUAGAUGGCGCGCACCCAGGCAUCUGGGGAGUAGUGCGCCUCGCAGAGGGAGCGCGCGUUGAAGAAGACGUUGCCGCGCUAGUGCGGGUGCGGUUCGAGGUCGAUGACGGUGCGCCAGAUGUGAUCCACAGCUUCGAGUAUCUACUUGGAGUGCUUGAACACUACAAGUCAGUAGCGGAAGACUUUCCAGAGCCGGAGCACUUCAAGGUUGGCAUCAAUCUGGCAUGGGAGAAACUCGACAAGUACUAUUGUAAGUUAGACGAGACGCCGAUCUAUUAUGCAGCUCUGGCUCUCCACCCGGCAUAUCGGUGGGACUGGUUCACAGACCACUGGGCAGAGCACCCGGAAUGGGUGGAUAAGGCAAAGCACAUGGUACAGGACGUGUGGGGAAGGAGCUACGCAAACCUUGCCGUUGUCGUAAAUGCAGAGAACCAGGAGCCGGUUGCGAAGCGCCGGAAGCAGUACCACAACGCGUUUGAGGAUCACUGCUUUGAAGCGCGCCGAAAACCGGCUGAGCAGCAUCGCGCCAUCGGACCGAUCUUAGACGAGUAUGAGGCCGGGGACGAAGCGUUGAUCGGAGCCCUGUCUUCAAUACUACUUAGAAGUGGCGUCUUCUUGAUUUGCUGUGGUCCCGAGUCCCGUCCCAUAAGGCGAAGAGCUGGAGACAGGACUACGAGCACAAACCUCCUCCUGAUCUGGGAGCGAUACAAAGACCGUGAAGUAGACUGCGAAGUGGUUCCUACGCCUGAGGACGUCUCGAUGGACUACAUUGAGCGCCGGCUUGCGCGAAGCGUAGCCGGCUCAGCGCUGUCUCGAAGCCCAUCUACUACGGCGACAAGCUUCCGCAAGGGAAAUAACAAAACGAAACAGACGGCUGCAGGCACAGCGAUUGAUGAUGAGUACGCGCGUUACUGUGCAGAGGAUGUUGUGAAUAGUCCCCACUAUAGGUGCCGGCCGAUUGACUGA